CUCGCGCCUCAGCGUGGAGGUGCGGGGCCACUACCGGCUGCUGCAGCGGCACUGCAUGGAUCUAUCGAGCAUGUCAGCAGCGGGCGAAGCCUCCGGCGGAGGGACGGGCACUUUAUAGAAGACCUCUUGAUUUUGACGCUCCUCUCCACCUGGCCAGCGGUGGCCGUCCAGCCCGGCGACAUGUCAAACUCCAACAAAAGCAAGAAAGACAAAGAAAUCCUCGCUGAAUACGAGAGCCAAGUCAAAGAUGUUCGGACCCAGUUGGUGGAACAGCAGCGGUGCCUGGAACAGCAGACGGAGAUGCGCGUCCAGCUGCUUCAGGACUUGCAGGACUUCUUCAGGAAGAAGUCAGAGAUUGAAACGGAAUACUCCCGAAACCUGGAGAAGCUGGCUGAGAGGUUCAUGGCGAAGACGCGCAGCACGAAAGACCAUCAGCAGUACAAGAAGGACCAGAACCUGCUCUCCCCUGUCAACUGUUGGUACCUGCUGCUGAAUCAGGUGAGGAGGGAGAGCAAGGACCACGCCACCCUGAGUGACCUCUACCUGAACAAUGUCAUCAGCCGUCUCACACACAUCAGCGAGGACUCGGCCCGGCUGCUGAAGAGGAGCAAGGAGAUCAUCUUUCAGCUGCAGGAGGAUCUGAUGAAGCUUCUCAAUGAGCUUUAUACUGUGAUGAAGACCUAUCAUAUGUAUCACGUGGAAACCAUCAACGCUGAAGCCAAGCUGCGGGAGGCAGAGCGCCAGGAGGGGCGCGUGAAGGGCCUGUCCAGUUCGAGCGGAGUGGUCGAGCCAGUGUUUGGACUGAGGAUAGAAGAGCGCCACCAGAGAAGGAACGCUGCACGCAAAAUGGAGAAGAUGAGGGAAAAGAGAAAGGCAAAGUAUUCUGAGAACAAACUGAAGACCCUAAAAGCCAGGAACGAGUAUCUGCUCACUUUGGAGGCCACGAACGCCUCCGUGUUCAAGUACUACAUCCACGACCUGCCCGACAUCAUCGACUGCUGUGACCUAGGGUACCACUCCAGUCUGAGCCGGGCGCUAAGGACCUACCUAUCAGCCGAAUUGAGCCUUGAAGCUUCCAGAAGGGCUGGUCUCGAGGUGCUGGAGGGCGCAGUCGAAGGUCUGGACCCAGCCCGAGACAGGCAGCGCCUUCUGGGCAUGUACCCCACUGCCUUUUGCCCCCCUCAGCGCUUCAGCUUCCAGGCCCACAUGGGGGAUGAAGUGAACCAGAUUGCCUCGCAGCAGCAGUUGCAGGCGGAACUGACCCUCCGUCUGACGCAGCUCCAGACCCGCCUCGCUUCGCUGAAAAUCGAGAAUGAAGAGGUGAAGAAGACAUGGGGGGCCACACUGACCACUCUGCAGGAUAUGACUGUCCUGGAUGACUGCGACGUGUCCCACAGCUUCACCCACAGUCCAUCGUCAGAGUCAGUCAAGUCCAGCGUGUCCGACGGCUACCUAAACAAACCCAGUCUGGCCAAGCGGCGGGCCAACCAGCAGGAGACAGAGCUCUUUUACUUCACGAAAUUCCGAGAAUAUCUGGAGGGAAGCAACCUCAUUUCCAAACUACAAGCCAAACAUGAUAUACUGAAGAAGGCCUUAGCAGAAGGAUAUAAAGCUGAGCUACUGACGACCAGUCGUGGACGGAAAAACUCCCACAGCAAGCACCAGGAUUCAACCAAAGCCAUACCUUUGCUGGUGGAGAGCUGCAUCCGCUACAUCAACCUACACGGUCUUCAGCAUCAAGGCAUAUUUCGGGUGUCAGGGUCUCAGGUGGAAGUGAAUGAUAUCAAGAACUCCUUUGAGAGAGGCAACGACCCUCUGAUCGACGAGGAAAGCAACCAUGACAUCAACUCUGUGGCCGGAGUGUUGAAACUUUACUUCAGAGGUUUGGAGAAUCCUCUGUUCCCCACCGACCGAUUCAACGAUCUCAUCUCCUACGUCCGAUUAGAGAACCUCUACGAGAGAGCUCAGUGCAUCCGUAAGAUCCUCCUGGGCGUCCAGAGGCCCACGUUGGUGGUGAUGCGCUACCUGUUCGCCUUUCUCAACCAUCUCUCCCAGUACAGCGACGAGAACAUGAUGGAUGCAGGGAACCUGGCUAUUGUCUUUGGCCCCACCCUGCUGCCCACCCCAGACAACCUGGACCAGGUGGCCUGUCAGGCUCACGUGAACGAGGUCAUCAAAACUGUCAUCCUCAACCAUGACAACAUCUUCCCGGACACCAAGGAGCUGCCCGGCCCAGUUUAUGAGAAGUGUAUGACUGGAGACCAGUACUGUGAGAGUCCGUUUAGCGAGCCCGGGGCACUGGAGGAAACCGAGCCUGACGCCGGCACAGAGACCCAAACCAGCGAUGAGGAAGCCGAGGGUGUAGAGGCGGUGGCCAGGUUCGACUAUGUUGGCCGGACGGGUCGGGAGCUCUCUUUCAAGAAGGGAGCGUCCCUGCAGCUCCUCCAGCGCGCGUCACAUGACUGGUGGGAGGGGCGGCUGAACGGGAACCACGGCUUGGUGCCUCACCAGUACGUGGUGAUGAAGGACAGGACCGACUCCAUGUCGGACACGCUCAGUCAGAAGGCGGUAGACAGCGACGGAGGGAGCAGCAGCACUGACGAUAAAAGGUCGAGGAGCGAGCUGAGCUCUCCGACAGACAUCAGACCCCAAGAGAGCUACAACAGGUCUGUCAUCCACAGGAGAAAGAGAACCGACGGCUUGUUCCGCCGACCGCUGGGCCGCUCUCAUGAAAGCCACUGCCAAGGCAACGGUGGAGUCAUGGAGCGAAGUUCUCCUCCAGUGACCGGCCACUUCAGUCCCAGAGAUCUGCUGCUGGGGCGGAGUCAGGGAAUGACCCCGCCGCUCGACAGCCCGGAGCGCCGGCGCCGCUCCACGGCUGCUCUGACCAUGACAGUGAGCCGCCACGAGUCGCUGCAAAGACCCUUCGACACCCCCAUAAGGCGCUCCAGCAGUGGUCAGCACGGCUUUAGUGACUCCCAUCGAUCCAGGGCGCUGGACCCUGACACGCUGGCGCAGGACAUAGAGGAGUCGGUGACGGUGGCUCUGGGAGACCUGCGGCAGCUGGACCGUCAGGGCUGCAGACCAGCACCGGAUGUGGUCCUGGACACUCUGGAGCAGGUGAAGAACGGCCCGGUCACCACCUGCUCGUCUGAGUCCCCGAGUCCUCACAGCACACCCAGCACCCCUGGAACACCAGGGACACCUGGCACACCGGGGACUCCAGGAACACCUGGCACCCCGAGCCCACUGAGUCCUUUAAGCCCCAUCAGCCCACUGCCUGGCCCUCCAGCUGGACCUACCAGACCGUCUAACCCCUCCCCGGAUGGCAUGGGCUCCUUCAAGCCAGUGGCUGCUGCACGCAUGGCACCCCCUCUGAGGCCCCCUGCUCUACGUCCCAAACCUGUGGUCCCACCGAAGAGCAGCACCCCACCUCUGCCCCCACCCCUCGACAAAUCCUGCACCAUGUGAGCCAAAUGAGGCCGAGUGAAAAGGCAAAAUCAGGCCAAACCCGGGCCAAAACUGGGCCAGAAGAGGAGAUCAGGGUACUGAUGUUUAAUAUCAACAUGAGGGUAGGAAUGGUAGGAGAAGGGUUUCAAUGUAGAAAUAAAAUCUAAUAUAUGACCUAUGAUAUGAUAUGCCAUGAUAUUUACGUGUCGUCAGGUUGGUGUUCUCUCUCUCUUGGUGUGUAGGAGUUUACUUUCUCCAUGUAUUGAGCAUUUAUCAGAGGUUUAGCUAAAACAACGGCCAGUGAGUGCGGGAGAAUAGUUCAGCUAAAAAAUAAGAUGUGAAUGUUGCUCAAGGUGUUUUUUUUUUUUUUUUAAUCUCCUAAAAAUCCUGACGGCGCUGCUGAGGGCGACAGGGCAGAGUGAGGGGUACAUGUGUUUUUUUUAUUAAAACAUUGUUUGCGCUGCUGAGCUCACUUACACCUCAAACCAUGUAUCGCCUCUUGAGGUAGUCAGUGUUGAAGAAAAAGAAAAAAAAGUCCAGAUAUCAAAUGAAUGUUUCAGUAGUCAACGACUGUUUAGCCAUCUAUUGAAUGUUCAGCGAGCCUCGCCUGCCGCUCGCAAGACUUUUUAAGAGCCUUUAAAGGGAGAGGACACCCCCCAAGUCAGAGCCACAGACAGGGACUGGUGGUUGAGGACCUUAGACAGAACUUCGGGGGUACGCUUUUCGCCCAGUUGUAUGUACAUAGGCACUCAUAAAAACUGGAAGAUCUUCUCCUGGAGUCUCAGCUGCUCCACAUGAACACGGAGUGGGUGAGGACUGAGCUAGAAAACCAAGGAGGUGGUGUGUUGAAGUGCAUAUCUGUUUGAUCUGAAUACAUAUUUUAAACAUGCAACUAAUUCAUGAAACGCAGUUCAUCCCGACACGCCAACAAAACUCACGAAAAUAUCUGAUCUAAACCCUAUAUUCAGUUUUUGAUGAGUACCCCUGCCAUCUGGACUGGGCUUUGUGAUGUGUUCCAUUUGUGUUCAGAAGUCAUUUGGGGGACUUUUUCUCCAGCAAGGGAGAGGAAGGGUUGAAGGGUUCCAGGGUUGCACACUUCCAAGGCUUCAUUUCAAGGAUGCUGUUGAAGCGUGUUCCAUUUUCCCAAGACGCGUCCGUUCUGGGACUAGUGUGGUGCCAUCAAACCACAAAAAAAGGGAGAGAAAAAAAAAUAAAUAAAUACAUUUCAAAAACAAAAGAAGAAAGAAGCUUUACUAAAACAAAGAAUAAAUGCCUUAGUAACAAGGACAAAAUGCAUUUAAAAAAAUGAUUUUCAUCAUUUAAAUUUUUAUCAUUGAUCAAUAUCAAUUAAUCACAAUGUAAUAUUUGACUGCAGACUGAUCAAAUUCAGCUUGAUUCUGUACACGCAAGCUAAAACAUGAGGGUGGCAGUGCUCCAAUGAUGAGCCAAGUUUUUGGACAAAGUGCACACACACUUUUUUCCUCUUCUAGUUUUCAUCAUGGAUGUUUUAGUUAUGACAUCACACUGUGUUAUGCCGGGCACAUGGACAAGGUGCCAUGAAAAAUGUCCCCAGAUGACCAACGUUUAAGAACGAUUCAUCUGUCAUGUGGAUUUACUCAUUGUUUAAGUAUAUUAUUAAAUCAACUGAAAUCUAUUUGUUGAAGUAAGCGCUAAUCUGACAAAACAUAAAUACAAUAUGAAUACAUGAACAAAUGAAACUUUUUUUAUUCUUUCAAUUUAUUUUGUGGGACCAGAAGUAAUUAGAAAUGAAUAGAGGUCACAAAUGAAGUAAUUCCAACACGUAAAAUGUAGGGUUGAGCUAGUAAUGAAUGGCAAUACUGAAUAAUUUGUUCUCUCGGACCUGAGGAGGGCCCCGUUGACACAGACAGAGGGCAAUAUACCAAUAAACCUCAGUGUGUUUUUGGGAGACAGCGUGACAAAACAUGUGGAAGAAGAUAUAAACUCCACACACAAGACACUCUGUGGCGAGCUUCCCUCCAGCCUUGGUCAUGUGCUGCCCUGCCAAAUGAGGGACCUGCCUCAAAACUUCCAACACAAAUGAAAUCCAGUCGAAGUUGUGUGUCUCCCGCUUGCCUGUUCUCCUCCCGUGUACGUGCAGAAGAAUAGAUGAUAGAAUAUUUAUGUCCGUUUUGAGUGCCAGAACACACCAGUUGGGACUGUCGUAAAAGCAUGCUGCUGUGUGUGAGUGUGUGUGUGUGUGUGUGUGUUGAUAAAGGUCAACCUUGCUUGUUACACUACAAUCACUAGUUCACCUUAAACACCACAGGAAGCUAACAGGGUGGGGCUCCGAGUUUAAACGCCCAAAAAAAACAACACUUGAACAGCACACUGAAUGUGACCGCCUUUCAAACUGGCUGUGUGUGUGUGUGUGCGUGUGUGUGUAGUGAUGAAACUGAGAUGCGUGUGUGUCACUGUGAAAGUGCCUUUUUUUAUCUUUUUGGGGGGGGGAGUUGUGAAUCCACUCGUGCAUGUCCCUGAACGAAGAGCAGCAGCAGCAGCACUCCGAAUGAAAUAAUCAUACAGUGUUUAGUAGAUCCCUAAAUUAUGAAUUCUAGCAUUAACCCAUUGUGACAUUGCACUUUGUUGUAUAGGAUUGUGUACUUGGCAUGUAGCAUCAUCACAUGUUGGUGCAUUUUUAAAACCCGACGGGAAGUUUCUCGAAUGUGUUUGACGAUAAAGGAACUGGUUUUGUCCGUUAGUGUUGCUGUAUUUGAAAACGGGAGAUUCCCAAUGAUGAGCUCAUAUUAGCCAAAUGAACUGUAUCAAUGUGUUGUAUUUAUAUUAUAAAUAAACCUGAAUAAAUUAGAACU